ACGGCACCUCGCCUCGCGCCUCUCAAGAUUUAUGCCGCCGGAUCGGGUGAGGACAUGUUCGCGCUGACGGAGACGGUGGACGAGGUGAUCUCUUUGGCUGGGAAGGCGAGGCCAGCUGUGCUCUACCUCGGCACAGCCACCUACGACGCCCCGGCUGCGCGCCAGAAGCAGACCAGUGGCUUUGAGGCGCGGGGCUGUCGUGUCAGUGCUCUCCGUGUCGCAUGGGACACUCCGGGCGAGGCUGAGAUGCGGAAUGCCAUGAUGGGCGCUGACGUUAUUCUCAUCAGCGGCGGAAACACUCUUUUUGCCAUCGACCGCUGGAGGCGCCUCGGCGUGGACGCGCUGCUGCGGCGGGCGGCGGCGCGCGGUGCGGUGCUUGCCGGAGGCAGCGCGGGCUUCAUUUCGCUCUGCGAAGGAGGCCAUUCCGACAGCAUGGAGCCCGCCUCUUACAAGAACCCGCCUGGGCCCCAGCUCGCCCUCAUGAAUGCCAGCUGGGCGUACAUCCGCGUCCCCGGCGUUGGGCUGCUCAAGGGACUGUGCUGCCCGCACUAUGACGUCACGGGCUCCAACGGGGUCGAGCGAGCCGACGACUUCACCGCGAUGCUGCGCCACCACUCGGGAGAGGACGGAAUCGGUGUCGACAACUGGGCGGCGAUCGCAGUGGACGGCGAC